GAUUAUUUUCACAAAAUGACUACUUGUUCAACUUUGCAGCCAUGCGACCUCCAUCGCCUGGAAGAAGGCCCUAGUACCACAGCAGUGAUGACUCGAGAGGAGGGGCUCCAUUACUACAAGACAAUGCAGAUGAUACGGCGCAUGGAACUGAAGUCUGACCAGCUGUACAAGCAGAAGAUUAUUCGUGGCUUCUGCCACUUGUAUGAUGGUCAGGAGGCUUGCUGUGUGGGGAUUGAAGCUGCCAUACAGCCUACAGACCAUGUGAUAACAGCUUACAGAGCUCACGGCUUUACCUAUGCACGAGGAGUGCCUGUUCGAGAGAUUCUUGCUGAACUUACAGGUCGAAAAGGAGGAUGUGUGAAGGGAAAAGGAGGAUCAAUGCAUAUGUAUACCAAAAACUUCUAUGGUGGCAAUGGUAUCGUUGGUGCUCAGGUUCCUCUUGGAGCUGGGAUUGCGCUGGCCUGUAAAUACUUCGGUAAAAACGAAAUCUGUCUGACGUUGUAUGGGGACGGUGCAGCCAAUCAGGGCCAGAUAUUUGAAACGUACAAUAUGGCUGCCUUAUGGAAGUUGCCUUGCAUUUUUAUCUGUGAGAACAACCGGUAUGGAAUGGGAACUUCCGUUGAAAGAGCUGCAGCCAGCACUGACUACUUCAAAAGAGGAGACUUCAUUCCUGGGCUCAGG